UGAUACCGGGCUAGGCGGACAAUCUGAAGCUUACGCCAGUGCAGAGCAUUACUGGUCGCACUCCACGCAGUUGCGUUGCUUUCUUCAUAUUCCUUCGGGUACCGGCGUCUCCCAGUCCUGAAAGCUUAGAUGAGUAUAUGUAGUCAUUCAUCGCGACGGCGCCGAGACCUCGCCAGGAAUAUUUGUGUACGGGAUGAAAUCCCUAUAGUAUCGUCCUCGCAAGGUUGUUUAAGACGCUUCUGGAUUGCCAAGCGCCGAGGCCCACUUUAAUCAAUUUCUUUAGGACAGAGAGCGCCCACCAGAAAUCCCGGUGUGGAUACCCUCCAUCUUUGCGCCUCUACGACGACCCACCCUGCUCUUGCCCCCUAUAUCGGCGGUCUGUCACGGCGACAAGAUGUCAACUUUCGAUUGCCUCUAACUCAGCGUCUGGACCUAUAAUGACGGCCGCUUACAAUGCCUGGGGUGACUGUUUUCGUGAGACGGAGGCUGCACUGGAUACCCUACCUUUAUUCCACGAGUGGAAAUGAAGACGACGAGCCCGGACGGAUCGAAGCGAUGCCACGGUGGACGUUCUCUUCCGAGCCCUUCACGACGAGGUUGGAGUCCAGAGUGGUGAUUUUAUGGGUCGGGCACCGGGUUACAUUCACAGCUCACAAGUGUCCUUUCAUCUUCUAUACUUCUAAGAGGGGAUGAAAGUAUACGUAUGCGUCGGGUACGUGACGGUAUGGGUGCCUUUAUUCUCAACAUCUUGCUCCAUGCCUUAGUACCAUAGGUCCCGCUCGACUUGUGGUGAUUGAGGACAUGACGUUCUCUCCGCCUUGGACUUUAGUCUCACAUUUUCCUAAAUAUCGAUACGUCAGGACAACACCAAACCACGGAUACGCUUCUCUGCUCGGCAUUUGCUAAUAUUCGGCAUGGGUUAUAUGGAGGCGAACGCAGAUAAUGAAGGCACAGAAAAGAAUUUUGGUUGCAACCCGGUAGUUCCCUCGAUAGUCCGAGCGCCAUACACCGUGACGGAAAAGAUGCAUCUCCCAUCUUACGGAACUCAAUGUCCAUCAGCCUCAUUCAGACCAGACUAGAACAUACUGAGUCUGUUCUCCUCGUAACCGAACCCACCAACCGAUCAACCACAUUUCAAACUCCGAGCUUGACCUCGUUCACACCCAAUGAUCGUACAUCUCUCAACGUUCUUGAACCUUUCUGCCCCACUUCCUUGUGAGUCGUUCGUUCUCAUCAUCCCAAAAUUGAUCAUUCCAUGAUCGCAUCAGCGUAACGUGGACACUAAACC